GAAAAGGAACAUGAUUCUCAUUUGCGCCUUGCCACAUGCCGAGAGCCACUCAUUGCCCAAGGAGCUUAAAACUUUACCACCGAAGGCGUCAGGAUGAGAGCAGAGGGCUUAGCAUUGUGCAGUCUGGUUUCAUUGCUUGGUUUGACGCUGCUGGAGUCGACAUACUGCCAGCACCUACCCGAAGAGCCCUGCUCAGUCCAGAUCCUCGUUCCUGGACUCAAAGGUGAACCAGGGGAGAAGGGAGUGAAAGGAGCACCCGGGAGGCCAGGUAGAGUGGGGCCCCCUGGUGAGACAGGACAUCCUGGACUCAAAGGGCAGAAAGGCCUGAUGGGACGUUAUGGCAAAAUGGGACCCGGUGGUAUCAAAGGUGCAAAGGGAGAUUUGGGAGAUGCUGGACCACAAGGGCCAGAUGGAGAUCCAGGCAUCCCCUGUGAGUGCACACCAAUAAGAACAAUGAUUGGUGAAAUGGAUAACCUUGUGACACAGCUGGCCAAUGACCUGAAGUUCAUAAAAAAUGCACUGCCCUCCCCUGCAGCUGUCGCCGGCCUCAAGGAGACGGACAGCAAGGUCUACCUGCUGGUCAAAGAGGAGAAACGCUACCCGGAGGCCGAGCUCUACUGCCAGGGCAAGGGCGGGCACCUGGCCAUGCCCAAGGACGAAGUUGCCAAUGGCGCCGUGGCCACUUACAUCACCCAAGCCGGCCUGAGCCGGGUCUAUAUCGGCAUCAACGACCUCGACCAGGAGGGCCACUUCGCCUACGUCGAUCACUCCGCCAUGACCACCUUCGCCAAGUGGCGGGAGGGGGAGCCCAACAACGCCUACGAAGACGAGGACUGCGUGGAGUUGGUGGCGUCCGGGGACUGGGUGGACGUGGCCUGCCACCAAACCAUGUACUUUGUCUGCGAGUUCGAUAAGGACAGCGUCUGACUCCGUUCCCACGCCCCCUUGACCGGUCAAGGAAAGCUAGGCUCAUUCGGUCACUUUAUUUUUACCGUUUGUUUUCACGAGAACAGGACAGUUGAGGGGCAGUAGUUAAUUAGGUCAUGAAUACAUGCAGUAAAACACUUUUGGUUUGGAGUUAAGCUUGAUGAUGGAAAUUUAAACCUCGGGUCUGAAUGCUGGUUUGGACCCUUUGAGCCGCCAAGGGUGCUUUUAAUCUGAAUAUAAAUAUUCAGGGUAGUUCAUUAGUGAAAGCUUUUGUUGUUUUGGCUCUGUACUCCAGCACAAAUAAAACAAUGACAACAAGGUUAAGGUUCAGACUUUUAGCUUUAGUUUCAGGGUUUUUACAUCCAUAUUGGGUAGCAAUUGUAACCGUUUUAAUUCAUAGUCCGCCCCAAAAGUAAUUGGAUAAUUGGCUGUUCACAUUUUUCUUAGACAGAUGUGUUGAUUUUCAUCCUUAGUUCAUGCACAAAAGAGCUAGCGAAGGGUUUAGAGUUGAUUCUAGUUGUGGUAUCUGCAUUUGGAGUCUGUUGUUGCCUCUCAACAUGAGGACCAAAGAAGUGUCAAUGUCUGUAAAGCAGGCCAUCAUUUGGCUGAAAGAGCUGAAUAAAUCAAUCAGACAUAGUCAAAAUGAGGCGUGUCAAAAUAAACUGUUCUUAAGAAGCAAGAAUGCACUGGUGAGCUCAUUAAUGGCAAACAACUGGGUUGAGCACAGAAAAAGUGUAGUGGAUGACAGAAAUAUCCUUUGAAUGGUGAAGAAAAAUCGCUUUGUAACUGCUCAACAGGUCAAGAACACUCUCCAGGAUGUAGGUGUAGAUGUGUAAAGAUGACUAUCAAGAGAAGGCUACAGCAGCAUAACCUCAGAGGGUUCACCACAAGAUGCAAACCCCUGGCAAGCCCCAAGAAUAGAAUGACGAGGUUACAGUUUGGAAAAAUGUAUACAUUAAAAAACAUGUAGAGUUCUAGAACAAAGUGUUAUGUAAAUAGGAAAGUGCAUACCACCUCAUCUGUCAAACAUGGUGAAGGUAGUUUUAUGGCUGGGGCAUAUAUGGCUUCCACUGGAACUGGCUCACUUGUGUUCAUUGAUGAUGUCACUGCUUACGGCAGCCCCAUGAUUAAUGUCAAAGUAUACCGAAACAUCUUGUCUGCUCAGAUCCAAGCAAAUGCAUCAUAAUUGCAGUGAAAAAUGAUCCAAAACAUACAGCCAAAGCUACCAAGGAGUAUUUCGGGCCAAAAAGUGGAAUGUUCUUCACUGGCCAAGUCAAUCACCUGACCUCAAUUCAAUUAAGCAUGCAUUUCACUUGCUGAAGACAUCAACCCAAUAUGAAUAAGAUGGACCCUCAAAGUAAAGCUGAAAGUCUGCAUUUUGUGACUGUUUUAUUUACAUUUUUUGUUUGCUGGAGUACAGAGCAUGCAUGAUGAAUAAUAAUAUUACUAUGGAAUUCAAGCUGAGACACACUGUUCUGUUACAGUCCUGUGUUAGCAAUGGUUUUUGUUAUUCUGUUAUCAGCAUAUGUGUAUAUUUUUUACAAAAAAAUGAAGCCUGUUAUUUAACAUAAUUGCUUUGUUUUUUAUAACGCCAUAUACAUUUACACAUUUCUUUAUAACUUUGUUAUUCCUUUAUUUAUUGAUGUAUCGAUAUAAGCUGUACAAUAUAAGAUGUAUAAAAAGUAUAAGCUUUCAGGAUACAGAAAUGUUACAAAAAAUGGAACCAAAAAAGUAGUAUCAUAUACGAUGUG